AGUCAAAAGCAAAAAGUCAAAACCCCAGCAAACAUAAGCAGCCAUUUUGUAGUGUCGUGGUACUAUUAAAAGUUGUUCAUCAAAUUUCGUCUAUUUUACAUGGGAGUAUUACUUUUUGUUAUGAUCCGAUAUUUCAUUUCAAAGUGAUAGUAUAAUUUAGAUUAUACGAAAAAAGUAUUUAGAAUUGUAAUAAAAUGGAGCAAGACGUGGAAACAAUACAACGCAGGAUAUGUAAUACUUGCCUCAGUUUGGAUCGUGAUAUAAUUAUUUUAAAUGAACAAUCGGAUUUAUUCCAAAUGUUUCGUCUGUUAACUUACGAUUUCGCGGGUGAAUUUGACACAUUAAAUGGCCAGACAUUAGAAGUGUGUUGGGAAUGUGUCGCCAUGUUGAGGAAAUUCACCAAAUUCAGGACAAAAGUACAAACAGCUCAACAACAUUUAAGAGUUAUCAGCGAUACACAAGAAUUAAUAAUUUUUCAGAACAUGGAUCAUACAUAUUUGUCCCAAUCUUUAUCAUCAAUGGAAAUGAUAUUAAAAUUAGGUUAUGACAAAAUAUAUAUUGAUACAACACCAAAGUUACUAACAGAGUGGUCACCACAUUAUAUAGAAAUAAGUACAUCGGAGAACAUCAAGAAUGAACAGUAUGAUAUCGCUCAAGUUGUAAGAGAGAAUAUUAAUUUGGAAUUAGAUGACAACAUAUUAACUGUUCCAUCUGUAGUUAUUGACGGUCAAACAGUACCGCAUAUUAUGAUAAAUGCUGAACCAUUAGCAACGGAGACAGGAUACAAGGAAUCAAAUAAUUUAAUCAUACCGGAAUUAACAGUCAGUUCAUUAGAAAUUCCCAAUUUAAAUGUGAACAUUGAAAAAAUACAAAAGGAUAUAACAGAAGAAAAGCCAGAUUUAAAAGCUGGAUACACAACAGAAUAUAUGAAUGAAGAGGACAUGUUAGCUUUUAGGGAAGAAGCUAAAAAGAAAUUCGCAUAUGCUAGUGCUAUACAUAAAUGUGAACUUUGUAUUAUUGGUUUUUACACGCAGCAACAAGUUGAAGAGCAUUAUGAAGGCGCGCAUAAAGCUAGGGAGGGCACCGCGCCGUGCAAGGUUUGCUACUCGUACGUGGAGGAGGGGCGCGUGUCGCAGCACAUGCAGGGCCACUACGUGCGGCACGUGUGCCGGCUCUGCGGGCACGCUGAGGCGACUGUGCGCUGCGCACAGCUGCACGUCCAGACUCACCAUGAGAAGAAGUUGCCGAGCUCACUUAUCAAGAUUGGCGAUAUAAAGCAAGUUGAAAAAUUGCGUCAGAAAAAGAAAAAAAAAGAUACGACGACGACCACAUCAGAUCCGAAAGGUUUAAGGAAAUUGCUCUCUAAAACAACAAUUGUUGGUUAUCAAUGUCUAGAAUGUGAUAUGUUCUUUAAGAAUUCUCGUGCACGUAAGGCUCACGUCGCCAGAUAUCACAGGGAGGGCUUGCAAUGUGAUCAUUGUAAGAAGAGAUUCGUCAACAGAACUACUUUAGUUACACAUCUCAAAUUACACGAAGGUCCACCGCCGAGAGAGCAAUGUCCGAUAUGCUCUAAACUGGUACGAACUGUGCAAUUGAAAUAUCAUAUACAAAGACAUCAGAAUAAAGGCCGGUACGAAUGUACCGAUUGCAACAAAGUAUUCUCCUAUCUCACAACGUACCAGGGACAUCUCAAGUAUUCCAGAGCGCAUGCUUCAGAACAAGUACUUAAGUUUCCUUGUCCGAUGUGUAACAAAGGUUAUCCGACUAAAGAGGCGAUGCAGGAUCAUUUCAACUAUCAACAUCUCGGCAAGACAUCGCAUAAAUGUCCACUAUGUGAUAAGCCUAUAGCGUCUCGAGCUAACGUAGAGCGCCAUUUAAUGCGAGUACACGGAGAAAAGAAGGAGAAACCAAAGAACCACGUCUGUCAACAAUGUGGGAAAGCAUUUACUGACAAGAAAUCACUAAAUCAACACGAAGUUAUCCACUCCGGAGACAGACCGUUGUCUUGUAACAUUUGCUAUCAAACUUUCAAACAAAAAGCAUCACUUUAUACUCACAGGAAGCGAGUUCAUAAUAUAACGCCCGCGAAACGAGUCGUCGAAUUCAUUGACAAUGAUAAAACGAAGGUAGAUGUAAAAACUAAUUGAGGGUAGUACAAGAAAAA